AUGGCGAUGUUCAUGGCUAUGGUCAUGGCUAUGUUCGUGGCGAUGGUCAUGAGCGUCGUCCUCCUGGCGAGACGUCUCCCGUGGUAUAUCCAUCCAACGCCCGCAGAAGGACAUCCCAACCCGCCAAGCGCAAUGCGUCACAACGAUCUCGUCGGGGGGAAGAGUAUGGUCUCACGUGAUGCUGAUUGGGUAGAGAUGCAGCGUUCCUUGCAAGCUCCCUUGUUUCCGAGCGCGAUCGCCCGCGCCCAUGAAGCCGCGGUGACCGUAGGGAAGUAUAGAGAUUCCCCCGCUUCCGUCCAAGCCGUAACCAUGGUUAAAGCAGCUGUUCUCGGUGCUUCUGGCGGCAUUGGCCAGCCUCUCUCCCUUCUUUUGAAGGUCUGCCCUCUCGUCGAUGAGCUCUCUCUUUAUGAUGUCGUCAACACUCCCGGUGUUGCUGCUGACCUCUCUCACAUCUCUUCGUGUGCCAAAACCUCGGGCCACUUGCCAAAGGAUGAAGGGUUGAAGAAUGCCCUUACCGGCUGUGAUAUCGUUCUCAUUCCCGCCGGAAUUCCUCGCAAGCCUGGAAUGACCCGUGACGACCUCUUCAAGUUCAAUGCCAGCAUUGUCAGGGACCUCACCCAGGGAGUUGCCGAUCACUGCCCCAAGGCAUUCCUCCUCAUCAUCUCCAACCCAGUCAACUCUACAGUCCCAAUCGCUGCCGAGGUACUCAAGAAGGCUGGUGUCUUCGACCCAAAACGCCUUUUCGGUGUCACCACCCUCGAUAUCCUCCGUGCCGAGACCUUUGCCCAGAAAUACACUGGCGAGAAGGAUCCUUCCAAGGCUACCAUCCACGUUAUCGGAGGACACUCUGGCGAGACCAUCGUUCCAGUCUACAGCCAGGCCAAGCCUGCCGCUGACAUCCCAGACAGCGAGUACGCCGAGAUCAUCCACCGUGUCCAAUUCGGUGGUGACGAAGUCGUGAAGGCCAAGGAUGGUGCUGGCUCUGCCACUUUGUCUAUGGCCUAUGCUGGUUACCGCUUCGCUUUGAGUGUCCUCAGAGCUGCCAAUGGCGAAAAGGGUAUUGUUGAGCCCACUUUCGUUCACCUCAACGGCGUCGAGGGUGGUGAGGCCAUCAUCAAGGAGACCGGAUUUGAAUACUUCUCCAUGCCCGUUGAACUUGGACCAUCCGGUGCUGAGAAGAUCAUCAACAUCCUCCCCCAGGUCAACGAGAGGGAACAAGCCCUCCUUAAGAUCUGCAAGGAAGGCCUCCAGGGCAACAUCACCAAGGGAAUCGAGUUUGCUCAAAACCCCCCACAAAAGUAA